AUGACUUUGCAGUCACUGCCUUUAGAUUUAGCAGAAGAGAUACUUUACAAACUUCCGAUCGAAUCUAUAGUACGAUUCAAAUCCGUAUGCAAAGAUUGGCAUGCUCUUAUUAACGACAAGAGAUUCAUCUACAAACUUUUGGAUCUCUCCCACGAUCGAACGAUGUAUACUAUCCCAGACAAGUUACACAAUUAUACCCUUAAAGCAAUCAUUCACUGUGACGGAUUACUGCUAUGUAAGGUUGUUGAGGGAGGUAAACAUGAUAAUGGUAGAAAGCUCGCAGUCUGGAAUCCGUUUGUGAACGGACUCAAAUGGAUCGAACCCUCAACUACUUACAAAUACUUCGACGUCUUCGCUUUUGGAUACGACAGCGUAUCUCGUGACAACUACAAGAUCUUGAGGAUUGAUAUUGAUAUGGGGGGGGAAACAUUCAAACCCAUAUGUGUUCCAGAGGGAACAGAUCGUUUUCAUGGAAGUUCUGUUGAUAGAGUACUCUUGUCAGGUUACGGAGAAGAUAGGCUUUCUUUGUUACAACGACAUACAUAUUCGAAGACUGAGGUGUGGGUUACAAACAAGUUGACCGAUGGGGAUGUCUCGUGGAGCAAGUAUUUCAGUUUUACUCUCGCUGAUUUCCCAAUAAUACCCUCCCGUUCCGAUCAUCGUUUUCUGGCAUACUGCAUCCACAAGACCAAAAAUAUUAUGUUUUGGGUCGAGGAAGUAGAAUACGAGGAGGCAUAUAUUUUCACAGAUGUUUACGUAUUGGAUGAGGGUAAGAAGAUAGACAAACAAGUUGAGGGGACAAUAAGGCGUACAUUUAAGGAUCAAUCUUGUUAUCAUGUAUAUGUUCCAAGCCUCGUUCCAGUUCCAGAAUAA